CCCCAAGCAUUGCUCUUUAUAUAUGAUCAUACGAACUUGAAACUUCAUGCAUUCCAAUAAAGUUCCCAAAUAAUAACCUAUAAAAUUUGCCUGGCUGGAUUCAGGUCAAGGUACAGGUGAUGCCUAGCAUGAAGCAAUUAGACUAGUCAUCCUCUGUCUGUCUCUGCACCUUUAGAGAGAGAGAGAGAGUUGAACCAGGUGCGAGCGGGAACAAUGUUGCCACCAAGGAUGAAGAAGGCCAUUACAGAUAACCCAAAGAAGCUGGCUAACUUGAUUGACCUCGUAAAUCUUCCUUCCACACUGCGAGAGUUCGUGGGUCAGUCUCAGAUUUCUCGUCUGGGAUGUUUCAUGCGUGUCUGGUCAUACAUCAAGGACAAUAAUCUCCAGGAUCCGAACAACAAGAAUGUGGUCAAUUGUGACGAAAAGUUGAAGAGUGUUUUGUUGGGCAAGACUCAAGUUGAGUUAUCUGAACUUCCUACACUGAUCAAGCUCCAUUUCCCCAAAGAGCCAAAGUAAAAUUCCCAUUUCAAGUUGAGGUUUCACCCCACGGUAAUCUUUUCUCUAAGAAGCGUUAUAUAAUUCUUGGUACCUUAUUUCGUAAGAAACCAUUUCAUGAGUAAUUGCAGCCUCAGUCAUCCGUUUUAAGCUAUGUUCUAUUUUCAUGUCCAGCCCUUUUUACUUGGUAUUCAAUAUGGUUUUGUAGACCUUAAUGGUAGUUUUAUAAGGUAAUAUGUUUUUGUUUAAA